AAUAUCCCACCUACCGCAUUUCAUAUCCAAUUUCUCUCUUUCUUUCUUUCUUCUCAUAGUGCUUUCUGAUGUUGGAUUCGAAGGACGAUCUUGAAGCAGUGGAAGGAGGUUUUAUGCUCAAUUUCAGGCGUCCAAAUGGUGGACCAUAACACACACAACAUUGAUUCUAAAGCAGUGGAGAGAGAGAGAGAGAGAGAGAGUUGCAGGGAGCUUUUGUGUGAUUAGUUUGCUGAUUUCUUUCUUCGACCAUAGACUUGGAAUCGAAUUAUGAAAUCACUCGGACCGCUAAGUUCAUUAGCAGUGGCGGCUUCACCAGAGUCGCUUUACAGAUGAGCUCUUAAAUGAGUCGGUGAUAGUUGGGAGUGUUUUGUUAGACAAGCUUUGGUGUCUACGAGAAUCUCAAUCCGAUAGUGACUGGAAUGGCAACGUAAAAGAUGUAUCUUUGUUUAUGAUGGCCGACACAGCGUACAGUAGCUGUUGCGUGGAUGAGGUCGGAGCAUCGCACAUCAAUGCUGAUUAUGUCGUGCACUACGGCCACGCGUGCUUCAGCUCGACUACAACUCUUCCAGCAUUCUUUGAUUUUGGAAAAGCUUCAACUGGUGUGUCCAAUUGUGUAAAAAAUUUAUCAGAUCAUGCUGUGAGAAACGGCAAACCUGUCCUGGUCCCCUUUGGGCUAGAAUAUGCACAUUUGAUACAGCAUAUAAGAGAUGAAGUGGUAGAAGCAUGUAUGAGUAGCUCUAGAUUAGAAAUCCAAUUUGCUGAAACUAUGUCUUCGGACAUGAAUCCAUCAGAAUCUCGUAAGAUCUCCAAUGGGAGCUUGGAAGCAGCUAGUGUCUUCUCUGAUGAUAAAUGUAUUAGGACAGUGGUUGGUAAUAGAUAUACCAUUGGAGGCUUGGUCUGGGAAUUACAUGAGGAACACAAAAUGGAGGACUACUUGUUUUUUUGGAUUGGUUGUGAAAAUGCUGCAUUUGCAAGUGUUGUACUGACGUUAAUUAGUUGUGAAAUAGAUAUGAUGCAAAGUCAAUUUGCAUGGUGACAGACUUAUCUCAACAAAGAAGAAUUCUUAAGCAUAGAUGUUACCUGGUCAAGAGAACGCAAAGGAUGUGAACAUUGUUGGUAUUCUGGUUGGAACUCUUGGUGUAGGUGUGUUCCUGUAGGCUCCUUUAAUAUUUCUCCUGUAGUAAUUUACUCUGCAUUUUUCAUCUUUAGAUAAGGCAUGGCUUUUCACUGUGUUGGGAUUCUAGUAAAUUUUUAUGGAUCUUAUCAUGCACAGCUUGCUGAAAGAAAACUUUGUUGAAUGAUUUAUUUUUUCCCAAUUCUGUAGUAAUUUUUUUGACAUACAUUAUUUAUUUAUUUGUUUUUCUAAUUUCCACCAUCAUAAGUUUAGCAUAUGUAUGUAUAAUUCCACAACUAUUGAUGCAGCUGGUUACCUACACAUGAUUAAUCUGCAAAAUGAUGGUUUGGUCAUUGGUUAUAUAUGAAUUUAUUGUUCAUAAACUCAUCAAAUUUUUUGGACGUUAUUUGGUUUGAAAGUGGUCAAAAGAUAAGAAUCUUUUAUGGGAUUUAUAUUACAAUUAUUUAAUUUUCUUUUUUUCUUUUGUCAUUUUUAAUAUCCAUAUGUCAAUUAGUCCAUUUGAGUGUCUUGUAAAAGCUAAUUUAUUCCAUAAGACCCCUGCUUUAAUGGAUUUCUAAAGGUAUAUGUGGAGAAUAUAAGAUAUUUUUCUUUCCAUCGUUUGGUCAAGAGGCUCAAGCUAAUAUUAUUGAGAAGCUCAUAUUCUCAAAUGAGAUUGAAAUGUAAACAUAAUAGAAAUUUUAACUUUUCCAUGAAAACGUGUUAGGAAUUGUUUUCUCUUUCUUUAUCCUUUUUUUUUAAUAAAAUUCAAACUCCAAGCAUGGCAAUAAGUUGGGGAAAUUGUUUCAUUAUUCAAUAUUAAUGUGAUGGUUAAUAAUGCUCCUAACAAACAACAACUUCCUCAAGAUAGUUUAUUUCCACAUGUAAUUAUCAAUGUCAGACUAAGAAGACAAGAUCAAAAUUUGAAUCUUAUAUAAGCUGAAACUCCAUGGAGAAAUUUCCAAAUUAUCAUUGCUUUCCUUUGCCUCCUUUGCCAAAAAAAAAAAAAAAGCACACUUGAAUGCCUUCUAUUAUAUAGAUUCUACAGUUUUAUGUCCUCAUAAAUUACGUGCUGUAGAAACAAUUCCAGAUUAUGAUCCAUGUAGAGAGGUAACUAUCCAUCCAGUGCCAUAAUUCCUUUCAAAUUCUUAUUAACACAAAAGAGUUCUUAUAGAAAUGAAAGAGAAAGAAAUAAAUUUUGAAGUAGUUUUAAAGGUUCCCUAAGUGCAUAAAUUGUAUCUAACAAACUUUUGCUACUUUGUGAGUGUGUGAGAGUGAAGGUUGAAGGUAUAUAUAAUGUGCGUACAAUAUGAAAUAUAUUCAUGUAUUGGCAUAGCAUUUUUGUACUUGAAUUUGUUGGAUAAGUUUUAGGAAAAAAGUUUAUUAUGAUAUGCAGCCUCUAUGUGAGCUUUUGUUUCCACGAAGAGCAUUUGUUUUCUUUGAAAUUAUAUACUUGCUAUUACUUAAGUUUUAAAUGACAUGCAAAUAGCUUCUUGAUUCAUGCUAUAUGGUUAAUAGUCCAAUGCACUUGACAAGCUACAAAUGUACCUCUCGAAACUCACUUGCUUAUGAGGAUAAUCCAAAUGGUUGGACAGCUUUCUAUUUUCAAUUGAUGCGUGCAGAAUACCCUCACCUCAAUGGCAUGAAGAAAUUGCUUAAAUAUUUGUUAGGAUAUGAAAAUUGACAUAAUCUUUUGUAACAUUGUCUCUUUUUUAUUAUGUCAUUUUGAUCUUCUAAUAAUGCUCUGAAUUGUCAGACCACUUGAAUAUUUUAUAUUUUAAUUUAAAGCUUUUUUUUUUAAAAUGAAAUUUAUGAUUUUCAAUUGAAUACUUCAUACAAGAAACAGGUAAAACUGAGUCUUUAGAUCCAAAAACAACUAUUCUUGUGCCUGAAGACAGAUAUGACUUCAUGCAAUUGAUACAUUGGACCCUGACAUGGUAAGGCCUAAAUUCUUUUCUUUAAAUUUAUUUAAGUUCUGAUAUUAUGAAGCUAAUUUUUGCGUCUAUUUUGCUACUUGUAUGAAUUUUUUUAAGGAGAAACUUCCAGAUUUCCUUUGCAGAUAUUUCUUACUAUCCUAGUUUUGGAGAAUAUUACCUACAUCCUUCUAGAAUCCCAAACCUGUUGUUGAUAUCCUUAACAAUUCCUUCCUUCUAUCUUGCCAGUUUUGGUGUUUGUGUUGUUCAAAGUGUAAUCUGAAAUAUUUAUUCCAGUUAAGCUCAAAUAACCAAUUCUAAUGGCAUCUUAUGGAGUAUAUGUAGGCAACAUCAGGAUUUUUUAUAUUAUAAUGAGUGGCCCAUCCUAUUAAGUGGCAUCUUUAACAAUGUAUUUAUUUGCAUGAUUUUUAGUUGGUUUAUGCAGACAAUUUUCACUUUGAACUAUAUGUCUCUCACAAUAACUUCAUGUAAGAUUCUCCAAUAAAAAUUUUCAAUCUUUCACACUUAACAUGGUAAUGUUGCCAACCUAUCACUAGUAUAUGUAGGAAAUUGAUAAUAAAGCUCUACCUCCUAGAGUUGAUUACUUUACAUUUUGAAAGGCAGGUGGUUAGCUCUUAGCAACAUGCUAGAAAAGGGUUUUGUCUUAGGCAAAAUUGCAAUCAACAAAGCAAACAACUUUGAUGACAGACACCUAUUGUCUUCAACAUGUUGCCUUCUUUUGAUUAAAAUAGAGAAAAAAAAAAAACUUCACUGGCAAAAUAAGUGAUGGUUAUUGAAGUGGAUCAGAAAUUUCAGGUGUUCAGAGAAGAAAAAAAAAUUGAAUAGCCUUUGCAACUGCAGAGCAUAAAAGUUACUAGUGCAGGUUUUGCCUUAAUGAAGAAUGUUUUAUUUUCUGGAGCUUCUUGGGUUGUAGUUGCUUUAAAUAAGAUCGUGAAACCAGCCAGAAGAUCAAGGAGAACGUAGGAAAGUGAUUGAAUAGGAACAAAAAGAAGAAAAAUGGCAUAAAACUAUGCUCAAGCUUAUCCAUCCGAGUCUACAUCAAGCAAGGAUCAGCCAUCUAAGGAUGAACCUGCUCAAGGCUUGAUGCUGAGAUAUGGUCCUGUAAAGUAAAUACUUUUUAGCAUUUGUAUUCAGUUCUAUUUAGAAGUGGCCCUUUUCUAGGCCAUUGGGUGAUUGAUGAGAGUUCAUCUAUGCCUUUGUAUGUGACAAUUUCCUAUAAUUUACUGAUGUUUAUGGAGCUAUCUAUUUCUUUUUU